CAUCCACGAGGCUGUCCUUAACCACAUCCGCUUAAGUGGUUCUUAGCCUCUAUAAUCCUAGAAGAAGCACUCCUUUCCCAAUGGUUCCAGAAGAAGUUCCAUGGAGAGCUCCAAUUAGUCUGACUUAGGCCAUCUGAUCAUGUCUGAACCUGUUAUUGUGACUGGAAGGAUGGACACGGAGCUGACCAGACUCAGUCAUGUGCUCACCUCUGGAAAGACAAGGAUCUUUUGCAUAUCUGUCUGAAAAUCUCUAAUAUUGAAGGCCAUUGCUUAGGCUGCAGGUAAUCGGAGGACCAGAACACACAAAAAUCUGAAGAUGAAUAAAUGGAGGCACAGAGAAAUUAAGUAAAUGUUCCAGGAUCAAACAUCUGCCACAAGGAGUGCUCAUAAUGUUGAACUGAGGUAGUCUAGAACCUGCCUGAGUGGGGGCUUACUCUGCACAGUGACCUGCAGCCCGGGAUUCAGUUGGUGACAGUCACUGGAGGAAUCAUUUUGUGACAGAUGCUGCUUACAAGGAGAUCAUCCUUCCUAUUUAACUUGUGGGAGAUCAUUUAGAAGGUUUGCUGGACUUGGCUAUAUUAGUCCUUCAGCUCUCAAGUGCUUUCACAGCCUGGAGACGGUUGCAGGCGGCGCAGCCUUCCUACAUGGUGUAAGAAAUGGCUGUAGGAAACAACACUCAACGGAGUCAUUCCAUCAUCCCAUGUUUUAUCUUUGUUGAGCUUGUCAUCAUGGCUGGGACAGUGCUGCUUGCCUACUACUUCGAAUGCACUGACACUUUUCAGGUGCAUAUCCAAGGAUUCUUCUGUCAGGAUGGAGACUUAAUGAAGCCUUACCCGGGGACCGAGGAAGAAAGCUUCAUCACCCCUCUGGUGCUCUAUUGUGUGCUGGCUGCCACCCCAACUGCUAUUAUUUUUAUUGGAGAGAUAUCCAUGUAUUUUAUAAAGUCAACCAGAGAAUCUCUGAUUGCCCAGGAGAAAACCAUUCUGACCGGAGAAUGCUGUUAUCUGAACCCCUUACUCCGAAGGAUCAUAAGAUUCAUAGGGGUAUUUGCCUUCGGACUUUUUGCUACUGACAUUUUUGUAAACGCCGGACAAGUGGUCACAGGGCACCUCACGCCAUACUUCCUGACGGUGUGCAAGCCGAACUACACCAGUACAGACUGCCGGGCACACCACCAGUUCAUAAACAAUGGGAACAUUUGUACUGGGGACAUGGAAGUGAUAGAAAAGGCUCGGAGAUCCUUUCCCUCCAAACACGCCGCUCUGAGCAUUUACUCCGCCUUAUAUGCCACGAUGUACAUCACAAGCACAAUCAAGACAAAGAGCAGUCGACUGGCUAAACCAGUGCUGUGCCUGGGGACCCUCUGCACAGCCUUCCUGACAGGCCUCAAUCGGGUCUCUGAGUAUCGGAACCACUGCUCCGAUGUGAUUGCAGGCUUCAUCCUGGGCACUGCUGUAGCCCUGUUCCUGGGAAUGUGUGUGGUCCAUAACUUUAAAGGAACGCAAGGAUCUCCUUCUAAACCCAAACCUGAGGAUCCCCGCGGAGUACCCCUAAUGGCUUUCCCGAGGAUAGAAAGCCCUCUGGAAACCUUAAGUGCACAGAAUCACUCUGCCUCCAUGACCGAAGUCACCUGAGACAGCUGAGGUGUCACAAGCCGUUUUUUUUUUAUCACCCUCCAAUUCGAUACUUCAAGACACACAGUUACUUGAUGUCAAACUGUGAAGACAAGUAUUAUGUUUAUCUAGUUAGAGGCUAAUGUUUUGUACAUUUUUUUGUAUGAGGAAGUGAUGUAGCUUGCCCUGAUUUUUUUUUUUUUUUUGGUCAGCUUUAAUAUAUUUAUGCCAGAAUUUUAAAACCAACAAAAUUUUCUUCUUGUUCCAGUGUGCAUUGAAGAACCACAUUGAUUCAAUGAUUGAUGUUGUUUUGUGAUAUUUGUACACAAACCUUCUUUUCUCAGUUUUAUAGGCACAGAAAUAAAAAUAUAACAAUUCACUUUAACCCUUUAAUACCAUACUUGCUGCCUCCUCCAGAACUUUUGAAUUUUAGUGAAAAUUAACUUUUGAGUUGCAGGGGAGGGCAAUGUUGGUUAAUGGUAAAUCUCAAAAUCAAUUGUGCAGAAAGAAAUAUUCCUUUCAAAAAGAACUUUGUGUUCUUGUCUCUUAACCUGUUUUGCAUUCUAAGUUAAAGUAAUAUAUUAAUGAAGUCAUUUACUUACAUAAACAAGUGGCAGAGACUCCUGGAUAUAAGGGGUGUUGGGGAUGUAAGGUUCUCUCUUAGAUAAUGGCUUCUCCCAUCUAAGAAACUCAAGAUCUUUCUGGAAUCAUGUCCUUGGGCUGGCAAGUGACACUACAGACUUCUUUCCAAAAAGCAACCUGUACCAGUCUCCCCUGUCAAUUCAACAGUUUUAUAUAUCAUAUUGUAUGGACUUUAUAUGAAAAUGAAUAUUUUACAGUUUGCACAGUAUUAUUUUACAGAAAGGGUAUCAGAGCAUCUACAACCUAGAGCCCCAGAGUAACAGCUUGACUUUGUGGCUUUUAAUUGUUCUAGAAUUUUAACUGCAUCUCAUUUUUCUAGCAUGGUAAUAACUAACGUGUAACUCCUUUGAGAGAAGGAGCUCCCUUAUCUAUACCUAUCAGAAUGUUUUCUUGACACUUUCAUGUUGGCUCUUCCUAGCUUUCUUUUGUACAUAUUUUUUUUUUCUAAAGAGAAGAAAAAAUUAUCACAAAAGCUA